AUGGAAUCAUCAUCGAUGAUUAGCAGUGGUGUACCACUUGCAAAAAAUGCAUGUGUUAUUAGACCCAAAAUUAAGGUAAAUCUAUAUAUAUCCUUAAAAAAUAGAAAGAAUGGAAAAGCCGGUGCCGCAAAAGUUUCUCACAAUUUACAAGCCCAUGUCAAAAAUCGUAUUAAGGAAAGAUCACUGUAUUAUGCUGCUAAGGAAAAAUACUAUAGAAACAAAGGAAAGAAGUAUGAUAAGCUUCGUCAAAGUAUUGAAGGUGGAGAAUCUCAUAUAUUGAAAGAAUAUUAUCAUUCACGUAAUCGAGUUAAAAGGUGCUCAAGAAAGCAUAAAAAGCACAAUUAUGAAAAAUGUUACGUAUGUAAAAGUCUUGUACAAAAAUAUCUUGUAUUGGGGAAAAAUGCCAAUGAAAUUGUUGAUGGAAUUAAUGAAAGGGGAAAUGGCAUUAUGCACAAUUCUAUUUGUGGCAUAGGACAAGAUUCCAAAAUGAACAAAUUGACCAAUGGAAAAAUAGCAAAAGACUAUAGUAGAACUAAACAGAUUAUACCUGCGGCACCAGUUCCAAAUUUUAGCAUUGCUGAGAAUAUUAAAAAUAAUGAUAUCAGUAAAUUAUCAAAAAAUGAGCCCUUAGAUGGUUUGUAUAUUAACAAUGAAAAAGAUAUGCAUUCUUAUAAUUUAUCACAUAUGGGAAAUAUUGUACUUUCACACGAUCAAAAAUUAGGGAAUACUUAUAUUGUAUCGGACAAAAAUAUUAUAUAUGCUCUAGAAAAUGGAAUAGAAAAAAACGGCAUUAACCCUUUAUUGGUUAAGUGCGAAAAACGAUCUAUUGAAAAGCAAAAAUGUAUAGGAAACGAUGACUGCGUAAACAUCGAAUCUAAUGACAUAUCAACAAAGAAGCAUAUGUACACAAUUUUUACCGAUCUAAACAUUUCUGAAAUGAUUGAUUUAAUGAAUAGAAAACCAUUGGAUGUUACAACUGUUAAAGAAGAACAAUUAGAAUUAAAUAGUGCUUUAGAUGAAAUAGAACAAAAUAUAUUUUCAAAAAAAUCGUGUGAUCUAUCAUUUAAUUCAGAAGAUUACAUAGUAAAUAGCAAGGAAUGUAUGGAAUUAGAAAAAAAAAGAAAGUUGACGAAAAACGUUUCAAAUUUGGUUAAGCUUCCUGAAGAAAGUGAUGUUGAUAAUAAAUCAAAUUGCUCAUAUAAAAGCUCUGGUAGUUCAUCGCGUUGUUUUAAAAGAGGGAAAAUUACAUUAAAAAAUCAAUCAUCGUCGAGUUAUUAUAAUAGUGAUAAUAAUAAUAAAUUUACACAGGUUGGAAAUUUAAAAGAACUGAAGGAAAAAGGUGCAGGAUACUCAUUUAAGUUAUCUAAUCAAACAACAACAUUGGGAAGUAGUACGGUAUCAGGAAAAAGCAUAUCUUUGGAAACACAUCAAAAAGAAAAUUUUUAUUACAAAUACUUAGAGAAAGAGGAUUUUAGUGAGGAUGAAAUAGUUAGUGAGGAUGAAAUAGUUAGCGAGGAUGAAUUUGUUAAUGAGAAUGAAAUUGUUAGUGAGGAUGAAAUUGUUAAUGAGGAUGAAAUAGUUAGUGAGGAUGAAAUAGUUAGUGAGGAUGAAAUUGUUAGUGAGGAUAAAAUUGUUAGUGAGAAAGAAGUUACAAAAGAAUUAAUUACAUCUAAAGCAUUUGAGAGUAGUGAUGAAGAAUAUUUACAAAAUGAACAUUAUAAUGGAAAUGAUUUCGGCGACAAAUCUGAAUUAAGAUACCAUUAUAGCGAUGGAAAAUUAUUUUAUGAAAGCUAUAAAUUAAAAAAAGAUAGUAAUACAAAAAAAUUUGAUGAUGAAAGACCAGAGGAAGAGACACCUGUAAAAAUGACCAAGAGCGAUAAAAUUAUAGAAAAUACUAAUUCUAAUACAAAAAAAGACCAUGUGAAUAAUUUAACACAAAAAGAGCGUCGUGAAUUACUUGAAUUUUAUGAAGAAGCAUUACCAUCAACAUCUUAUAGCAAUGAAAAUUUUGAAAACACAUUUAAAGCAAACGACGAGAGCUCAGAGGAAGAACCAGAUUAUUCAAAUAUUUUUUGGGGGUCUUUUGAUAUUAAUAAGAAAGAUGAAAUUAAAGAAAGUUCAGCUAUAGAGCCAAAAAAUAAUAAAUUUACUAGUUCCUUUUUCCCAUCAAGCUUUUUUAAUCCUGAUGAACCUAUUAUUGCUAGUAAAUUAUUUGGGGUACCCAAUACUGAGAAUAAUAAUAUAGAUACAUCUGUAAAACAUAAGAACCCAUUUGAAAUCACAAAAGAUAAUUUAAAUACAAAGAAAAUUAAUAAUAAUACAGUAGACAAAACAGAUAAACAAAUGAUUAAAGAAGUAAAGAAUGAUUCACGUAAAAGAAAAAAAAAUAUUAUAUUUGAUGAAUCGUCACCAGAAAGUAUUAAGAAAUUUAAAUACUCCAAUAAUUAUAUGAACAUUAAUAAUGUAAUAGAAAAAAAUAAUGACCAAGCUGCUCACCAUGAAGAAGAAAGAAAGCAGAAAAUACUUAAAGACACACAACGUGCUAAAAUAUAUGGUUCUAUAAUUAAAAAAAACUGUAGACUUAUGUCUUAUGGUCAAAACAAGGAUUACAAUCAUGUACCAAAAGAAAGUAAUAAAAAAAGGGUUCGAUUUCACGAUAAAGUAACAAUAAUACCUAAUUUACCCCACAAAAAUAAUCAUAUUAACGUUCCCGAUUUAAUUAAUGAAAACAAUAACAUACUUAGGUCUUUUGGGCAAAAUAAAAAUAUUAAUCAUGUAAUAGAAAGACAGGGUAAACAAAAUAUUCCAAUUAAAUACGAAAUUAAAUGUAAUCCAAUGAAAUGGGAUAAUAUGAAUAAUAUAACUAAUAAUAAUGCCACAAAUAGGUACACGAACUCAGUUAAUGAUACAUGCCCCAAUAGAGAAAUAUAUGCCCCUAUCCAUGAGACACAUCAAAAUAUAAAAAUAAAUGAAAAUAAUAAUUUGAAUUCUUCAAAUUCAAGAAAACGGGGACUUAAUGAGAAAUAUACACCACCAAAAAAAUAUACAAAGAAAAUAUUGAAUAGAAAUGUAAAUAAAAAUGCCAUGAUAAACCAAAGGACGCCAGAAAAAUCCCCUGAUGUAAGCGAUUCUAACGAAAAUGGCCAAUCGUAUCAUAAUGACAUAUUAGAGAAGCAUACUUCCUGCUUAAUAUCGGAACAUACACAGAGAAAUAUCGAAAACCAAUCACAUGAAUUUCAAAAACAAAAAGAAAACGAAAUUAUAAAUCCAAAUUUGACGAGAAGACCCAUAGUAGAAGCCCCUAAAGCCAAAGAGUAUAAUUGUAAGGUACUUACAGAAUAUUGGGAUUGGGAUAAUGAGGAAACCAAAGAAUUUUGGAAUUGGGAUAAGAAAGACGAUUUAAAUUUUUGGAAAAUGGACCAAGAAAGUGCUAAAAAAUUUUGGAUGUGGGAUAAAGAAAGGGAUGAAACAUGUGAAAAUAUGUCAAAUAACACACCAGAUUUAGACGACGAAGAAUUAAUAGAUCUUAUACGAGAUAUGAUAGAAGUGCGAAAAAACCUCGACCCAGCAAAAACUGCCCAAAUUCUAGAAAAAUAUAAAUAUAAAUAUACACCACCAAAAUCAAGCAUCAGAGAAGUAGAAAUUGUCUAUAUGCCAACACCACCAUAUAAUAAACCAUCAUCACCACCUAGUAGUCCGGAACCACCACAUUAUUACCCACCAACACUAUACUAUACGCCACCAGAGCCAACGCCAAAAAAAAGCAAAAAAAACAAAAAUGCAUUGGAUAAAGAUUCUCAGAAUUAA